AUAAGUGCCUUACAGUACACGUUUCAGCAGAAUAGGGGAGACUUUGACAACUCUGAAAUUGAAUUAUCUCUAGGAAAUUAUCUUUCCGCAAGAGUGCGUUAUCUGUCAGCAUGAGUGCGGAGUGCACUGGCUACCACAGCGCAGACAACGUGUUUGUGAAUAGCUCUUGGUGUCCUAAAACCGGGGGCGAUGUGCGAGCGGUAUUCUGUUGCGGAUUUAACGAUAUCAAGUAUUGCUGUGAUGAUCCCAACAGCUUUUUCCCUUACGAGUAUGGAUACAUGUGGUGGCUCAGCUUUGGGGCUCUGGUGGGUCUGUCCGUAGCAGCAGUGGUCCUGCUGGCCUUCCUCAUCACCGUAUGCGUCCUCUGCUACCUCUUCAUCUCCACCAAACCCAGUCGUCUUGACAAUGGUCUGCCGCUCCGAGCACCAGAGAUGGUAACCAGUGGGGGCCCCAGUCACUCUGGCCCGACACCUCCGCCCGGCCCGCGUGGUUUCAGGAAGCACUUCCUCAGCAGGAAGCUGGACUGUGACAACCAGCCGCCUGACCCAGAGAGACUGUUCCAGAGGUGCUUCGUUGGCACAGUCACCACCGUCACCAUGGAGGGCCCGUCGUAGGAGCUCAGAAGGGCACAGGGAAUGCUCAUUGUCUACCACACGAAGGACGCUAAAUAAUGGACAGCACUUCAAAGGGCCCUUGUGUUUUAAAAGGGGUGAUAUGCUCACCUACUCUGACUGUAAAUUAUUGCGUGGAAGAUUAGGCUACACAGUGGGAGGAACACCUAUUCAACCCAAAGACUAAAUUACGUUAUAUGGUCAUGUUCUGUGUGGACUGGAGCCACUGGUAGUUUGCCUUGAACAGGAUAGGAUCCAUUCCAGAAAAUACAUUUAUAUUUCUAUAUUUCUGAGUGGCAGACAUUCGUGGAUAGCUCUUACCAUACCCGUGUCGCUUUAACCGUUGCCAGGAUUCAAUCCAAAAACAGGUUAUAUGCAUUAAGGCUUUUAAAGGGGGAUCCCACUCACAUGGUCACCACAUUCCUAAAGCUCCUAAAAGAUUUCAGAUGGAUGAUCAUAUGACUGUUCUUCCCCUUUAAGGUCAAUUUUCAACCGGGCCGACAUCUGCAGCAUUUACUGUGACCUGUAAUCUCUGGGAAUACAUUGACUUUUAGGGGCAGUAACCCAAAGGCUGCUUGAUCAAAUCCUGACUUGGCAAGACGUUAUUCUGGAGUUAAAGCAGAUUGCUUCCAGGUUGUUGCUGUAAAUAAGAAAGUGUCCCCAGUCACCGAACCUAGUAAACAUAGGGGUAAAGAAAAUAAUUUAAAUAAGUUACAGUGGUUAUUACAUCUACAGAUUGAAACCUGGCCAUUCUUUGUAUCUUGUCUCAGCUACUCUAUAUGCCAAAUUGUCAUGGAAGAAUGUACUGACUAUCAUGCCUGAGGCCGGUUCUCACCCGACUCCAGUUUGAAGGACCUAGGACAUCCAAACUCCACUUUCAUCUGAUUUAUUUAUUGCAAUCUCGUUCAGAAAUGUUUUGCUUACAGAAACAUUGUGCUUAUGUGAAGGACACUGUCAGGGCCAGUUCUAGGCAUAAUCGACAUAAGCAGUCACUUAUGGCCCCCAACUGCUAGGGAGCCCCAAACCAAAUUUUGUUUAGGGCCCCCAAAAGGCUAGAGCCGGCACUGGACAUUGUGAAAUCAGAAACAGUGUAUAUACAGCUCCCAUUUGCCCUACAGUGUGAAUUAGGCAUCACAAUACUCUUUGCAUGUUGACGUGUCUUAUGUCAUUAGGGGUUUUUGUCUAAAAUGUAAAAACAAUUUAUAUAACAGAGAUUGUUUCAUAUUUCCUGCAUGUUCCACAGCUGUCAAUGUUUUAUUUGUGGUUUGUGCCCCAAAUGUUUAGAAAUAUUCAGAAACACUUAAAUGUAUGUGGUUUUAAUGCUCUUGUUUUAAUUCACCAUUUAAAAAGGUUAAUCUCAGUUAACCCAGAAUAAAAGUGUACUGUAAUUUG